AUGAGCGACGAGCAGUGCCAAUCAGAUCAUCAGUGGCCAAUGGAGUCUUCAAAGGUACCGCCGGCAGGUCUGAGCCUGUCCCGAGUGAGUACAGGCGCUAGUACGAGCGCGGACCCCGCGCAUCGGCCCUAUGUGGGCCUCGCGGAGGACCGCGAAGAGCAAGAAGUAAUCCGGUCGCUUGCGCGGACCCUGAGUGGUUCGUCGGGCGCGGCCGGGCGCGACUACCAAACGGGUACGGCGGACGAGUUAGCGUUUUUCGGCGCUAACAGCGAUCCGCGGCUGGACCCAGAAUCUGGGGAAUUCGACUCACAGUUCUUCGUGCGCACGCUGCGCAAGCUGUAUAUGAGCGACCCCGACCACUACAAGCCUGCGGAGCUGAGUGUUGUGCUUCGGAAUCUGCGUGUGUGCGGUGAGGCUGCGGACACGGAUUACCAGGCGACGGUUGGAAACUGGCCGUGGAAAACGGCGCGCAGUUUGUACGACAUGACGUUCAGGCGCGGCCACACCAAGGCCGAGUUCGACAUCCUCAAGCCGUUGGACGCGGUGUUCGAGGCGGGCCGGCUGUGCGUGGUGCUUGGGCGCCCUGGUGCGGGUUGCUCGACGCUGCUGAAGACGGUGGGCGCACGGACCUACGGGUUUAACGUCGCGCCCGAGUCUGAGGUCAGCUACAGUGGAUUCACGCAGAAGGAGAUCAGCAAAAACCUGCGCGGUGAGGUGAUCUACUCUGCGGAGAUGGACACGCACUUUGCGUCUCUGCCCGUCGGAUACACGUUGGAGUUUGCGGCGCGGUGCCGCUGUCCGCAGGUGCGUCCAGGGGGCGUGAGCCGGGAGACGUACUACAAGCACUACGCUUCUGCGGUGAUGGCAACGUACGGGUUAUCGCACACACGUAACACCAAAGUGGGUAACGACUAUAUCCGUGGUGUGUCCGGUGGUGAGCGUAAGCGUGUGUCGCUUGCAGAAGUCACCCUGGCAGGUGCCAAGGUGCAGUGCUGGGACAACUCCACCCGUGGUCUGGACUCUGCGACCGCGCUGGAAUUUGUGCGUGCGCUGAGGGACAAUGCGCACGUGAUGCACACGACACAGUUGAUUGCCAUCUACCAGUGUUCCCAGGACGCGUACGAUCUAUUUGACGACGUGCUGGUGCUAUAUGAGGGUUACAUGAUCUACUUCGGGCCACGCGAGUUCGCUAAGGACUACUUCUUGCGCAUGGGCUGGGCGUGCCCUCCACAACAGACGUCUGCUGACUACCUGACGUCGGUUACGUCGCCUGCUGAAAGACAACCACGGCCAGGCUACGAGGAUAAGGUGCCUCGGACAGCCAAGGAGUUCUACGACCGCUGGAUGGCAUCGCCAGAGCGCGCUGCCGUUCAGGAGCGUAUCAACAUGCACAUGGCAGAUUACGAGACCGGUGUUGCCCGUCAGCAAUUGAAGGAACAUCACAAAAGCCGUCAGGCCAAGCAUAUGCGUCCAUCUUCGCCUUACUUGAUUUCCUUCUACAUGCAAUUCCGCGCUGUUGUGGAUCGUAACUUGAAGCGGCUCGGCGGUGACCCAUGGGUGUACCUGUUCAAUAUCCUUUCGAACACGAUCAUGGGUCUGAUCCUUGCCUCCUGUUUUUUCAAUCAGAAAGAAGAUACCGCGUCGUUCUUCUAUCGUGGCUCUGCGCUUUUCACUGCUGUUUUGUUCAAUUCGUUUUCUUCUAUGUUGGAGAUCAUGUCUCUGUUUGAGGCCCGUGCAAUUGUGGAAAAACACAAGUCGUAUGCUUUCUAUCGCCCUUCUGCUGAUGCUUUUGCUUCGAUCUUUACGGAACUACCGUCUAAGGUUAUAACCUGUGUCUCUUUCAAUAUACCGUUCUAUUUCAUGGUGAACUUGAGAAGAUCUGCAGGAGCCUUCUUCUUUUACCUCCUAAUAUCUAUGACUUCCACCUUUGCAAUGUCGCAUUUGUUCCGUACUCUCGGUGCUGCCACGACUUCGCUAUACGUGACUAUGUUGCCCGCUUCGAUUCUAUUGCUUGCGAUAUCCACGUAUGUCGGUUUCGUUAUUCCUCAGAAGAACAUCGUGGGGUGGUCCAAGUGGAUCUUCUACUUGAACCCAAUUGCGCGUUCGAUGGAAGCCAUGGUUGCUAACGAGUUCGAUGGGCGCACUUUUGAGUGUUCGCAGAUGAUGCCUUCUGGUCCUGCUUACGAAAAUGUGCCCCUUGCCAACAAGGUCUGUGUUGCCGUGGGGUCUCUACCUGGUGAGACCACCGUUUCUGGUACACGUUACAUGGAACUUUCCUACGAUUACUUGGCCAAGCAUAAAUGGAGAAACUGGGCCAUCGUUCUUGCCUAUGCAAUUUUCUUCUUGGGUCUUUACCUGUUAUUAAUUGAGUAUAACAAGGGUGAAAUGCAGAAGGGUGAAAUGGCCGUGUUCCUUCGGUCGACCCUGAAGAAAAUAAGAAAGCAGAACAAGGCCGUUAAAGGCGACGUCGAAUCUGGUAACGCGCAGGGCAAAGAAUCUAGUACCAUAGACUCUGACCAAUCUCGGGAACUGAUCAAGAAAAUUGGCUCUGAUAAGAUUUUCCACUGGCGUAAUGUUUGCUACGAUGUUCAGAUUAAAAAGGAGACCAGACGUAUCUUGACCAACGUCGAUGGUUGGGUGAAGCCUGGGACCCUAACUGCCCUGAUGGGCUCCUCCGGUGCUGGUAAGACGACUUUAUUGGAUGUUUUGGCUAACCGUGUCCGUGUGGGUGUUGUUACCGGUGACAUGUUUGUCGAUGGUCUACCUAGAGGCGCAUCUUUCCAACGUAACACCGGUUACUGUCAACAACAAGAUCUUCAUGGGUGCACCCAGACUGUUCGCGAUGCAUUGAAAUUUAGUGCUUAUUUGCGUCAGCCGCAAUCCGUGUCAGAGGCUGAAAAGGACGCUUAUGUUGAGGAUAUAAUCAGAUUGCUGGAGAUGGAAGCCUAUGCGGAUGCCAUUGUUGGUGUGACUGGUGAGGGUCUAAAUGUUGAACAGAGAAAGCGUCUCACGAUUGGUGUAGAACUUGUUGCCAAGCCUGAGUUGCUAUUGUUUUUGGAUGAGCCUACAUCUGGGUUAGACUCGCAAACUGCUUGGUCCGUCUGUCAGCUCAUGAGAAAGCUAGCGAAUCACGGACAAGCAGUUCUGUGUACCAUUCACCAGCCUUCGGCCAUUUUGAUGCAGGAGUUUGACCGUCUAUUGCUCUUGGCUAGCGGCGGUAGAACUGUUUACUUCGGUGGACUAGGUAAAGGAUGUGCAACUAUGGUUGAGUAUUUCGAGAAACAUGGAUCGCAAAAAUUCCCUGAAGGAUGUAAUCCUGCAGAAUUUAUGUUGGAGAUUAUUGGUGCCGCUCCUGGAUCGCAUGCUCUUCAAGACUAUCACGAAGUUUGGAAGAACUCUGAGGAGUACCGUUCUGUUCAAGAGGAGUUGUUGAGAAUGGAGACGGAAUUGAGCAAAAAGCCAAGAACCGAGAGCCCAGAGCAGAACAGAGAAUUUGCUGCCUCCCUAUGGUACCAGUAUAAGGUUGUUAGUAAGAGAGUCUUCCAACAAUACUGGAGAUCACCAGGUUAUUUGUGGAGUAAGAUUUUUAUGGGUACAUUCUCCGCUCUCUUCAUCGGUUUUUCGUUCUUUAAAUCUAAGUCAUCGAUGCAAGGUAUGCAGAAUCAGAUGUUUGCAACUUUCUUAUUCUUAUUGAUUAUCAACCCAUUGAUUCAGCAGAUGUUACCACAAUAUGAGGAGCAAAGAGACUUGUAUGAAGUGAGGGAGAGACAUUCGAAGACAUUUUCUUGGAAGGCGUUCAUCUUAUCUCAGUUAACUGCAGAACUCCCAUGGGCUAUAUUUGUCGGUACACUAGCAUUCUUCUCUGUUUACUAUCCAGUUGGGUUUUACAAUAAUGCAGUUGAUACAUCGGAUCGGUCUGAACGUGGGUUCCUCUUCUGGUUAUUGGCAGUGUGUUAUUAUAUCUUUUCAGCUACCUUCGGAUACUUCUGUAUCGCACUUUUGGGAAGCCGUGAAUCUGCAGCGAUGUUUGCGAACUUUGUCUUCAUGAUCUGGACAGUCUUCUGUGGUGUUCUAGUCAAUGGUGACAACCUGCCACGCUUCUGGAUCUGGGCCUACCGUAUCUCUCCAUUGACCUACCUGGUGUCUUCAAUUAUGUCAACAGGUAUGGCGAAGGCUAAAAUCCAGUGUGCUCCGGAAGAAUUAGUCAAAUUCAUUCCACCAGCGGGUCAAACUUGUGAACAAUACCUCCGGCCAUUCCAAAGCUAUGCUCAAGGUACUGCGCUUCUAAACCCUACAGCCACCGACCUGUGCACUAUGUGUCCUAUGCAGAGCUCAGAUACUUUCCUUGCAGGAUUAGGCAUUUACUACAAAAACAGGUGGAGAGACUGGGGUAUCUUUAUGGUCUUCAUUUUUACGAACAUCGCCGGUUUCAUUCUAUUCUACUGGUUCUUGCGUGUUCCUAAAGCCACAGGUGUAACCAUCAAGAAGGCCACCAAUGAGGAGGAGGACGAGGAGAAAGGUCAGCAGCGCAAGUAA